AUGUCCAAUGGUAAGAGCGCCCAAACGUCCAACGAAGAGUCAGCAAAAGCACAAAGCUACCCCGGCAUCGCCUUUUUUAUUGUAUACAAGGAAUGCGAGACGUGCAGCGAGGAGAUCCUGUUCUCUGCCCUUCACAAGGAAGAUAUGGAAUUGGAAAUUACACCAAUCCGAGUUCGAUCCAAGGAGAUGGAAAAGGCCGCGAAGCAACUGUUUAACGUAGUCAAAGAUCACAAUAAUCCGACAAUACAGGACAUGCUAGAUGUUUCUAAUGUGUACUGUUACAGGAAUGUGCAAGAUUGGUCGUCUGACAGCGAUGAAGAUGACACCGAAGUUGAAGAACUGUUGCAGUUCGGAUGCGUCCGUUUUCCCGUCGUCCCAUGUUGUCUUGUAGUGGACAAUGUCAAUGAUUUUCACGACCAAUUAAACACUUCUGUCGCAAGGCUUGAAUCCGAUGGUCUCGUUGUUGAUCUGGCUGAAACGCGUGUACUUGACCCCACCACCUCAUGUUUGUCUUCCAACAAUGACGUGACUAAGACCAUCUUUAAAAUCCAGAAAGUUAUGCAAAUCUGUAACCACGGUCUUUACAAAUCUCAAAUAUACGUCAAACCAGACAAAGCCACCAUGACCUUUGUCCAUAUGAUGGACGUGAUGAGCUAUCUCCAUCGUCUUAAUGGCCAACGAAGAGUUACGUGA